GCCGAUCGGUCUCUCUUAUUUUUGGCUGAGCAUGAUGUAUCUCCUGGCAUGAAUUUAAGGACACAUGACAUAGCGAUAGCGUCCUAUUUCAGAUUUUCUGUAACAAGUCAUUUAGUCCCUGAGUUCCUUGCAAAUAUAGCCCAUCGUUGGCAAGAAGCGGAGAAUGUCGAGUACAUGUUUGGAAUUGUUGGUGUUCCAAUCAUGGAGGUAGCAAUGGCUGCUCAAGCUGCAGGUAUAAAAUACGUGGGCAUGCGGAAUGAGCAGGCGGCCUGCUAUGCUGCAUCAGCAAUUGGGUACCUCACCGGACGUCCAGCUGUGUGUCUGGUGGUGUCUGGGCCCGGGCUCAUCCACGCACUGGGAGGGAUGGCCAAUGCCAACGUGAAUUGCUGGCCUGUGCUUGUUAUCGGAGGCUCUUCGGAUCAAAACCAGGAAACCAUGGGUGCCUUUCAGGAGUUCCCUCAGGUGGAAGCCUGUCGAUUGUACAGCAAGUUUUCUGCCAGACCCAGCAGCCUGGAGGCCAUUCCUUCUGUGAUCGAAAAGGCACUUCGAAGUAGCAUAUAUGGGCGUCCUGCGUCCUGUUACAUUGAUAUUUCUGGGGACAUGGUGAAUGCUAGAGUGGACAGAGACACAGUGAGAUUUGUGUCCUGUUGCCCACCUCCUCCUGUGAGCCUGGCUGAGCCCACAGCCAUUACAGAGGCAGUCUCUGUACUGCGGGAGGCCAAACGACCCCUUCUCAUCAUUGGCAAAGGUGCAGCCUAUGGACGGGCAGAACGAGAGAUCAGGGAGCUGGUGGAGUUGUGUGGGCUGCCCUUCCUGCCCACUCCCAUGGGUAAAGGGGUGCUUCCUGAUGACCACGCUAACUGUGUGGCUGCAGCUCGAUCCAGGGCCCUGCUUCAGGCAGAUGUCAUCGUGCUCCUUGGUGCAAGACUCAACUGGAUCCUGCACUUCGGCCUUCCCCCGCGAUUUCACCCCCAGGUGAAGGUCAUCCAGGUUGACCUUUGUGCUGAGGAGAUGGGGAACAAUGUCAGACCUGUAGCUGCCCUCCUGGGAGAUAUCCGUGCUGUAGUCAGUCAGCUGUUGGAAUGUUUCCGAAAAGAAGUAUGGAAAUAUCCGUCUGAUACGGACUGGUGGAAGACGCUGAGGGAGAAGAUGGCUGCCAAUGCAGAGAUAUCCAAGGGGUUGGCUCUGCGGCCGACCCUCCCCAUGAACUACUAUAUGGUGUUCCACCAUGUGGCCCAGCUCCUGCCCCGGAACUGUGUCAUCGUCAGCGAGGGGGCCAACACCAUGGACAUCGGCCGCACCCUGCUCCACAACUACCUCCCGCGACACAGGUUGGAUGCUGGUACAUUUGGAACCAUGGGAGUGGGUCUUGGCUUUGCCAUCGCAGCAGCUAUGCUGGAGAGGGACCGGAGCAAUGGCCAGCGGGUGGUGUGUGUGGAGGGGGACAGCGCCUUCGGCUUCUCUGGCAUGGAGGUGGAGACCAUGUGCAGAUACAAACUGCCUGUGAUCAUCAUCGUAGUCAACAACAAUGGCAUAUACAGUGGUGUGGACGCAGAUACAUGGAGAGAAAUGGGAAAGAUGGGUGACCUGACCACUGUAGCCCCGCCUGUUACGCUGCUGCCUGAUGCCCGCUAUGAUGAGGUCAUGGCUGCCUUUGGGGGGCAGGGUUUCUUGGUGCAGACGCCGGAGGAGCUGAGGAGUGCCCUGGAGCUGAGUCUGGAAGACUGCGAGAGGCCCAGCCUCCUUAAUGUCCUCAUCGACCCUGCCUCCGACAGGAAACAACAGGACUUUCCCUGGCUGACCCGCUCCAAUUUAUAGAUGCAGGAGAAGAGGGUUUCUGCUGGAUAAGCCAGGAGCAGAGUUCACACACUGCAACCUAUGCAGGAUAGGGUGUAAUCAAAUGUCUCAAUAACAUGUUUUUGGCUUAAAAUCAUUACGAACACCAGCAUGCAGUGUGCGCCCCCUGGCACCAAACGUGUAAAAGAACUGUCUUUAAUACUUGCCAUUCUGUUUUCAGAAGAUUACAAUCAAUAUAUUUGAUGUAUUUGCUGAGGUAUGUUUCUAGGAAAUGCAUUUUUGUCCAGCCAUUUGUGCUAACCAUUUAAUUAAAGUCACAAAUUUGUACAUUC